AUGCAUAUUACCUCCAACAUAGCAGUAUCCCUGGACAACAGAAACCAAACAAGCAAGACCGAGAACAACCACAUGCAUAUUCCCUCCAACGUAGCAGUAUCCCUGGACAACAGAAACCAAACAAGCAAGACCGAGAAUAACCACAUGCAUAUUACCUCCAACGUAGCAGUAUCCCUGGACAACAGAAACCAAACAGACAAGACCGAGAAUAACCACAUGCAUAUUACCUCCAACGAAGCAGUAUCCAUGGACACCAGAAACCAAACAAGCAAGACCGAGAAUAACCGCAUGCAUAUUACCUCCAACGUAGCAGUAUCCCUGGACAACAGAAGCCAAACAGGCAAGACCGAGAAUAACCACAUGCAUAUUACCUCCAACGUAGCAGUAUCCCUGGACACCAGAAACCAAACAAGCAAGACCGAGAAUAAGCACAUGCAUAUUACCUCCAACGUAGCAGUAUCCCUGGACAACAGAAACCAAACAAGCAAGACCGAGAACAACCACAUGCAUAUUACCUCCAACUUAGCAGUAUCCCUGGACAACAGGAGCCAAACAAGCAGGACCGUGAAUAACAACAUGCAUAUUACCUCCAACGUAGCAGUAUCCCUGGACAACAGGAGCCAAACAGGCAAGACCGAGAAUAACCACAUGCAUAUUACCUCCAACGUAGCAGUAUCCCUGGACAACAGGAGCGAAAUAAGCAGGACCGAGAAUAACCACAUGCAUAUUACCUCCAACGAAGCAGUAUCCCUGGACAACAGGAGCCAAACACGCAGGACCGUGAAUAACAACAUGCAUAUUACCUCCAACGUAGCAGUAUCCCUGGACAACAGGAGCAAAACAAGCAGAACCGAGAAUAACCACAUGCAUAUUACCUCCAACGAAGCAGUAUCCCUGGACAACAGGAGCCAAACAAGCAGGACCGUGAAUAACAACAUGCAUAUUACCUCCAACGUAGCAGUAUCCCUGGACAACAGGAGCAAAACAAGCAGGACCGAGAAUAACCACAUGCAUAUUACCUCCAACGAAGCAGUAUCCCUGGACAAAAGAAACCAAACAAGCAAGACCGAGAAUAACCACAUGCAUAUUACCUCCAACGUAGCAGUAUCCCUGGACAACAGGAGCCAAACAGGCAAGACCGAGAACAACCACAUGCAUACUACCUCCAACGUAGCAGUAUCCCUGGACGACAGAAGCCAAACAAGCAGGACCGAGAAUAACCACAUGCAUAUUACCUCCAACGUAGCAGUAUCCCUGGACAACAGGAGCCAAACAAGCAGGACCGAGAAUAACCACAUGCAUAUUACAUCCAACGUAGCAGUACCCCUGGACAACAGAAACCAAACAAGCAAGACCGAGAAUAACCACAUGCAUAUUACCUCCAACGUAGCAGUACCCCUGGACAACAGGAGCCAAACAAGCAGGACCGAGAAUAACCACAUGCAUAUUACCUCCAACGUAGCAGUACCCCUGGACAACAGAAGCCAAACAGGCAAGACCGAAAAUAACCACAUGCAUAUUACCUCCAACGUAGCAGUAUCCCGGGACAACAGAAACCAAACAAGCAAGACCGAGAAUAACCACAUGCAUAUUACCUCCAAGGUAGCAGUAUCCCUGGACACCAGAAACCAAACAAGCAAGACCGAGAAUAACCACAUGCAUAUUACCUCCAACGUAGCAGUAUCCCUGGACAACAGAAACCAAACAAGCAAGACCGAGAACAACCACAUGCAUAUUACCUCCAACGUAGCAGUAUCCCUGGACAACAGGAGCCAAACAGGCAAGACCGAGAACAACCACAUGCAUAUUCCCUCCAACGUAGCAGUAUCCCUGGACAACAGAAACCAAACAAGCAAGACCGAGAAUAACCACAUGCAUAUUACCUCCAACAUAGCAGUAUCCCUGGACAACAGCAACCAAACAAGCAAGACAGAGAAUUACCAUAUGCAUAUUACCUCCAAUGUAGCAGUAUCCCUGGACAACAGGAGCCAAACAAGCAAGACCGAGAAUAACCACAUGCAUAUUACCUCCAACGUAGCACUAUCCCUGGACAACAGGAGCCAACAAGCAAGACGAGAAUAA